UAAUAAUAACCUUAAAAACAAAAAAUUCUUUUCCUCCAAACAAAUCUUUCUUCCUUCUGUGUCCUCCUCUCCCAUUUCUUCUUCUUCUUCUUCUUCUUCUCCUCGAAAACCCUAAAAUUUCAAUCUCGGAUCGUUGCUCUUAUCAAUACAGGUUGGUAACUGAAGUGAACAAACUCGCCUGAAAGUGCAAAUUGAGAGUUGGAUUUGCUACCUGUAGAAUCAUGGCUGCAAAGAUUCUAGCGAACUUAAUAAUUAUGGGGUCUGGAAUUAUGGUAAGGGCUUUUGCACAAGCAUACAAGCAGGCACUAAACAAUGCAUCAAAGUCUGGUGUUGCUCAAGAAACACUGCAGAAUGCUGUACAUAAAGUAACUAAGACAAUGACUGAAGCAGAGGCUAGGCAGAUUUUAGGUGUCUCCGAGCAGACUUCCUGGGAGGAGGUAUUGAAGCGUUAUGAUACCUUGUUUGAGAGAAAUGCCAAGAGCGGGAGCUUUUACCUUCAGUCUAAGGUACAUCGAGCCAAAGAGAUGCUAGAGACAGUUCAUAAAGGACCAGAACCAGGGACAAGUGGUUGACUUCGUAGAGUAGAAAGAGAUAAAGAGCGAGGUAGACCAUUUACAUCACUCCUCCAGAUAUUUUGUUCACUUUGAGUGGCAGUGAAAAUUCAUAUUUGUAUAUUCCAUGUUUUAUUUAUGUAUCGUAGAAAGAUCUGCACUUGGGUUUACAUGUUGGUCAAUCGCAAAGCUGCUGAAUGUUCAAACCUGACUCAAUUUUGUUCCCUUACAUGCGUGAACAUUUAGUUGCUAUAUAAACUUGGUACAUGUAAGCCUUCGAGUAUGAGAUCUUGAGAAUAAACUAUAGCUUGGAUUGGAAGACUUGCAUAUUGUAUUAGCCUUUCAUAUGAAAAGCAUACAACUCUGACUUCUCUGAUUAACUAAACACGUUUACGUUUGUUUUUCUUUUUAUCUUUAACUUAAUGAGAAAGAUGUCAUUUGUUCGGUUA